AUGGCUGGAAGUCGGAGGUCUCGGCCGUUGUCGGAAGACGGGGCUAAGCAAACCUCGGUCGUCGAGAGCUCGAAAUCGCUGGACAAUGGUCGGGGCUUGCAAACAGUCGCAGCCCGACGGGAAUCGAGGCCUGAAGUUGCUGGAGGACUGGCUUCGUCGGACGUUGGUCCCGUCGCCAGGAAUUCUGAUGACCCUCGGCUCGCCUUGAAUGGAGGGCUCACGGUCGUCGGAGAAAAUGAUGAACGUGGGAGACAUUUCUCAUCCAAGAAUCGCAACGGAUCUGAUAUGUUGGGGGAGGAAUUUCGGUCGAUGAAGAAAGGAGUAAUUUUCCAACGUGGGCCGAGGCAUAUUCACAUAAUGGGCCAAGGAAUUAAUUUUGGGACGAAAAUGAUUACUUUCAGUUUAUCUUAA